CCGCCCCCCCGUGCCGGUUGCGGGGAAGAGGCGGGAAGGGGGGUUGCUCGGCGGGAGAGUUCGUUGGCCGCGGCGCGCGCUGGCUCGCGGGCCCCUGGGGCGGGAGCGGCCUGUCGCGGCCGGUUCCUGGAACUGGGUCCAGUACUCUAGCGCCGCAGAGUGGGACAGUUACUGCCUAUGUCUUCCACGUAACCUCCGGCCUCCCUUUCAGCAGUACUGCGACCCUGGCUGCAGCGGGUCCCUCAUUAUUUGUAUACAGAGAAAGGAUCAGCCAUGAAAUGUGUAAGAAAAAGAAGCACUGCUGAGCAGUUUGAGACUUGUGGCAUCUGGCUGGACACUGCAAAGUUAAAGAAGCGCAAAAUACAGACUCUCGUAUCCAAGCCAACUUCAAACAUGCCAAAUCCACUUCUUGAGAGGAACUAUAAUAGUCACAUUUCAGUUAAUUUUACUCAGACAAGUCUUUCCCAGCCAUACACCAGGCAAACUACCAUCUCUUCAUUCUUCAGCAUUCAACCAACAGGUGAAAAGGAUGAUGACAAAAACUUAAAGACAUAUCCUCUUAUGUCAAAUAAAGGAGAGGGCUCGGAUUUCUUGGCUGCCUCUUCUAUGAAGAACUCUGAGGCUGCUAAGUUAGAGGAAGCCCAGGCACUAAUCUUGAGCCCUCCAGAGGACAACAUUCAGGAGUACAGGUGGCUGGCUACACAAGACACACAAGGCUUGAACAUUCCCCUGCUGAACUAUACCUUCCCACAAGCACAGUCUAACAGCAGGAGUGAGUGCACAGCCCUUGCAAGGACUUCUGCUGAUGAGACAGAAGACUCUUUCUCCAUAAACUUCACCCAGGAUUCAGAGGGAAAUAGGGUUCUAGCUCACAGGAAUUCAGUUGACUCAUUCACUGGAAGAAUUUCUGUAGCAAAUGAGAGAAUUUCAAGGAAGAGAGAGAGUUACUGUAUAGGUGAGAAAGAGGGCCAUUUGUGCCAUGAGAGGGGGAGAACUAGAGUGGGUCUCAAACCUAAACACCUGAUGAAGCAAGGUAGGAGGAGAUGCAAAAACCUGCCUCCUCGUGGAAUUUCUUUUAUGGAUUUCUCAGAGGUUGAGAAUGUAUGUCCUGCUCCCAAGGGUAAUGAAGGCCAGCAGACCAAUUGUCCUCUAUCCCAGGGGCAAACAACUAAAGCAGAGCUUUUGAGAGACAGUAGUCAAAAUUUUGCUGGCUUUUGGACAAGAAACUGUCACAAUAUGGGUGGUUCAGCAGAAGAGCAGGGGGCCAGUAACAGUAGUCCUACCACACAGUUGUUUACCCAGGAUUCAGAGGGAUACAGAGUCAUUUCUCACCAGCACUUCUAUGAGAGCGUCAGAUCGCCUUUGCAGAAAAAGUAUCUACAGGACAAAACCAACUUUGUCCAUAGAGUGCCUUGCUCACCCUCUGUAGGCUGCUUUAAGGUUUAUUCUUCAGGGGUACAGGACAGAACUCCUUUAGCUACUACAGCCGUGAAUUUAAGUGAGCCUGAGUCAUCCUAUGAUUUGUUAUUCACUGAGGAUUCAGAAGGAAAUAGAAUUAUCAAACACUGAUUCAGUAGUAAUUUUUUUCUGAGUAAAGAUGCUGAAAAAUUGACAUUUUUUAGAUGUACAUGAAAAUUUCUCUAAAGCCUACACAGUGUCUCACUUUCUUUAAGAAAGAUACAAGGAAUAUGUAAGUGUAAACACUGCAUAUACGGCCUUUGGCUAUGAAUGGUAUAGACCCAAACCCACAGGCUCCUUACUCUGCAUGCAGGGUUGUCUUUGAUUAAAGAGAUUGUGUGUGCAAAUAAAGUGAUAGUUUUAUAGUAAAA